CGCCGUGCGGUUCGAACGUGUUUUUCUGGAAGUGCGCAGGGGAGUUUGCGAUAGCGUCUUGUUUGUUGAUAACUUUUGAACGUGAGUUUGAUUCGGAAUUGGAAAGGGGUUUGAGUUUGAGUUUUGGUGAAUGUGUGUCUUUGAAAGAGGCAUUAGGAUGCAAUCAGUGAUUCUGUAGGAUUUGGAAGGAUUUCUUCUGGUGCAGUGAUUGAUAACUGGUGAAGAGGAUCGAAGACGAUCAAAUGUUUAUGUUUUCAUCGGCGAAACUCAACCGAGAGUGUGAGUGAAAAAGGGAAGAAAUCGACUGCAGUGCAGUGAGAGGAAAAAGGAUCGAACCCCGAGAGUUCAUUCAAGUGUCAGAAUCGAGCGCACCGUGGUGCAUGCGAUGAAUUGCGAGAAUGCCGGUGUAAAUAUUAUGGUUAUGAAUGCUUGAUAACAGUGCUGAAUGAUAUUGUUUGGCUCAUUGUCGAACGAUUAGGACGGUGUGACUUGUGCAAACGAAGCGUAAAUCAGCUGGGAUUAUCGGGGGCCUAGGAAGUGGCCAUAAAGAUUCUUCCCCCUUGUGUGGUGUACACGGAAGAGGGUCUUUGGCAACGAUCAGAAACCACAAUAUCGAGCAGAGCAGUAAAGAGUUGAACGUGAAGAAUCUCAUCGCAAGCGCGCUGUCAAAAUGACGAAUUUAUGUGUUUACUUUGGAUUAUUCCUGGUGGUGUUUGCGGCCAGCGGCAGUGCACAUCUGAACCUGUAUUUGAACCAACUCGAAGUUAUGCGAUUACUCGGUCUCUCCGCCGAGCUGUACUACGUGCGCGAUGGCCAGGUCAACGAGUACGCGCUGCACUUUACGGUCCCCGUGCCGGCGACCGUCCAGGACAUUUCGUUCACGUGGCAGGCCCUCAACGGGAAGCCGCUGCCGUACAAGAUCAGCAUCGUUACGUCCGACCCGCUGGUGCUGCCCAAGCCGGCGAUGAACAUCUCGCGGGCGGGCGAGAUCCCGACGCAGAUUGAAACGUUCUCGAUUAUGCUCAAGUGUGCGGGGCGAGAGGCGGCCGAAGUUGAGGUGACGAUCACGAUCGAGGUUACGCUGAACCGCGCGACGGGGAACGCGACGGAGCUGGUCUUCCGGAGGAAGAAGAUAUGUCUGGCGAGUGAACAUCCGGACGCGAAUCAACCCGAUCCGUACCUGCUGGAGACGGUGACCCACACCCAGAACGGGUUGAUCACACUGAUCAUUGGAGGAAUCCUGGCGAUCGCGCUGGUCUUGAUCCUCAUCUCGAUCGCGUACUGCGCGCGAGGUCCAAUGAAACGGAAGCCUCAUCACGCGCAGCCAAUUCGUACCUCGAGCUUCCAGCGACUUCAAACCCACCCUCCAUCGGCACCUUCCUCGAUCGUGUCCCCACCGUCGAUCGCGCCCACGAUCGCUACCCUGUCCCGCAACAAGAUCUACGCCAACGCCGAGCCCGAGGAACUCCAGCGUCGCAUCUCCGAACUGACCGUGCAGCGAUGCCGCGUCCGGCUGUCCUCACUGCUCCAAGAAGGCACCUUCGGCCGUGUAUACCGCGGAUCGUACAACGACAGCCAGGAAGUGCUCGUCAAAACCGUCGGCCCGCACGCGUCCCAAAUGCAAGUCUCCCUACUGCUCCAGGAAGGAAUGAGUCUGUACGGCGCCCAACACCCCGGAAUCCUCUCCGUGCUGGGAGUGUCCAUCGAAGAUCACACCGCACCUUUCCUUCUCUACCAAGCCCCGGACAACAUGCGCAACCUGAAGAUCUUCCUGCAGGAACCCGUCGCCCGCACCAUGACCACCAUCCAGAUCGUCAAGAUCCAGCUGCAGCUAGCGCAAGCCAUCGGACAUCUGCACAGCCACGGCGUCAUCCACAAGGACAUCGCCGCACGUAACUGCGUAAUCGACGACCAGCUGCGGGUCAAACUGGCGGACAACUCGCUCUCGCGGGAUCUCUUCCCCGGCGAUUACUACUGCCUGGGGGACAGCGAAAAUCGCCCGAUCAAGUGGCUCGCCCUGGAGGCGAUCCAGUACAAGCAGUUCAGCGAAGCGUCGGACACGUGGGCGUUCGGUGUGCUGAUGUGGGAGCUGUGCACGCUGGCGCGCCAGCCGUACGCGGAGGUUGAUCCGUUCGAGAUGGAGCACUACCUGCGCGAUGGAUACCGAUUAUCGCAGCCGAUCAACUGUCCAGAUGAGCUGUUCGCAAUAAUAGCCUACUGCUGGACGAUGCUGCCGAUGGAGCGGCCCUCGUUCGAGCGGCUCCAGAUCUGCCUGCAGGACUUUUACGCCCAGCUGACGCGGUACGUCUAGGGUUUGCCGAACGCCGCUGCCAGCGUUAG